AUUCCCCUGCUGUCUACCCAUCUUGAGCCUCCCGACUGCUGCUAAAUUGUUGUCGGCGUCCGUCGUGGUGGAGGUCAUACAGUCCAGCCAACAGUCCGCUCUGAGCAGAUAGAAGCCGCACGUAAUAGCGCUCAGCUACACACUCUUCUGCAACUUUUUGCUGCACUUCUUCUAUAUCGAUAAAACAUCAUGGGGAAAGGCUGCGUCACGGCGAUCAAGUACUUCUUGUUCCUCUUCAACCUAAUUUUCUUUCUUCUUGGUGCUAUCAUCAUGGGUUUUGGAUUAUGGCUUCUUCUCGACAAUCAGAGCUUCAUAGUUGUUCUCAAUGAUUCCAUAGCUGUCAAGUCCGCGUGCUACAUCCUGAUUGGAGUCGGCGCUUUCUCCAUGCUUAUGGGCUUUCUCGGCUGCUUGGGAGCUAUUUAUGAGAUCCGCUGUCUGCUUGGCUUAUACUUCACCUGCCUCUUGUUGAUCCUCAUUGCUGAGAUUGUUGCUGGCGCCCUCAUCUACUUCCAGAAGGGUGCGUUAAAUGAAGAGAUGUCAAAGAUUGUAUCCAAGGUCUUGGACAACUAUCCAGGGAACAACUCAACCACAGAGCAGGCAUGGGACUUCAUUCAGAGGAAUAUGGAAUGCUGCGGCUGGAACGGUCAAGGAGACUGGAAUGGAAACAUGGUGAUCAUCAACAGCUCACAGCUUCUGUUUCCCUGCUCCUGCCACAACAUCUCCCUCGCGACUGGAAACGUCUCCGAGAGUGGAUUCUGCGAGGCUCAGACACCCGAUUGGCCUGUAUAUGACACGGGUUGUGCUGUCAGCGUGGAGAACUGGCUCCUCACCAACAUUGGAGUUGUCCUGGGAAUAUGCAUUGCAAUCGCUUUUAUCGAGCUACUGGGCAUGAUUCUGGCUAUCUGCUUGUGCAAGAACAUUCACAGGGAGGACUACACCAAAGUGCCAAAGUACUGAAGUUCAGCGCGUUGAGUUUGGCUUGAACUGAAGCUAUUGAGGCAUUUUUCCCACUUAAUUUAGGUCAAAUGUUUUUUCCAAAUGUAAAAUAAUGUGUUAGCUUUACAUUUAGUUGAAAACCUCUUGUGAGGUAUGUUUUUCUCAGACCAGUCUUGCUUGACGCACUUUAGAAAGUUUUUGCUCUUAAACGUCUGAUCUGAGAGCUAUGUUGCAAAUGUUUUGACUGUUUUAGAAGAGCCUGGUGAAGUUUGGCAAAAAAAAUAAAAGAAAAAGAAAACCAAGGAAGGUUGAACUUGAAAUCACAGAAAAUAUGUGAUAAUAGUAAUGUUAAUGGUCAAUCCUGUGCUCUUUAUCACCUUCUCAAAUUUGUUCUAGUUCUUCCACAAGUUUUUUUUUUUUUUUUUUUUUUUGAUAGGGAGAGGCUGUUUCUGCAGCAGAUUUAUCCAACUGUCAAACCCCCCCAACUCGGAGUCAUUUAAAAAUAUAUACAGUAUGUAUAUAAAUACAUAUGUAUACCAGCAUUGUGUAUGAUGAUAUUACUUUGUGUAUAAUUUCAUUUAUUAUUUCCGUGAACUUGAUCCUUAAGUACUGCCAUGUCUUUCAAUGCAAGCUGGUUCCUCAUCUUACUUUCAAGUUUCUCAUUCUGCUAUUUUAGUACUUUUUGGCAAUAACAGAAAUAAUUUGCUACUAAGGGAAAAAACUUUGUUUUCCAAUGAUAACACUUGCAGUUUGUCUUGGGUGAGCAAGAACAUAAUUGUCAUACAAAGACUAUGUUUACUAAAAAUGUUGGGAAACAAAAUGGCUUUAAAGCUUGCAUGAAGAAAGAGGCCAGAACUGGUUUGAAGUUGUGUUUUGAAACAGAUUUUGAAAGUCUUCUAUAAUGUACUUAUUUUGUAAACCUACUAUAAUGUUCAUCUAGCGAUGUGGUAUUUUUAUUUUGUAUAAAUUUGUCAUUCACUAUCCGUGUAAAGUGAGUAUGAAAAAUCCUAUACAUAGUAACGGUGUAAUGUUUUUCCUAAAGCUACGUCUUUUUGUAACAAUGCAGACAGACUUGUAGUGAAGCUGGUUUAGUAAUUUUAAAUUUUCAUUCUCUUCUGUUUCCUUUGCCAAUAAAGUCAUUACAAUUGGACGAAGUCAGUGAUCA